GUUCUGGUGGGCGCCAUCGACGGAGGAAUACCGCCACUCACCGGAACGUUGACCGUGGACGUUCUGAUCUCGGACGUUAAUGACAACUUCCCCAUCUUUGAGCACAGCCUGUACACGAAGAGCAUCCCCGAGAUCACAGGAAACGACCAAGUCAUAGUUCAGGUAAAGGCAACUGAUGCAGACAGUGGACCUAAUGGGGACCUGGUUUAUUCCUUUUCUGCCCAACAACCUCAAGAUGACCUGGACUUCUUUCGCAUAGACCCAAAGACAGGAGAGAUCUUCCUCACCACAUCUGUCGAAGCCAGGGCUGGGGAUGAAAUUGAGUUGCUGGUUGAAGCCAGUGAUCAAGGACAUCCUCCAAAGAUUUCCAGAACUGUUGUGAGAAUACACAUAGAAGACACCAUCAAUAGCAUUCCAGACAUCAUCAUCGACACGCUGGGUGGCUCACAGGAAGGAAUUGUGGAGGUGUCAGAUGUUCGAGAUCCAGAUAGUGGUGAUAAUGGCCAGACCAGCUGUCAACUGAGCAGUCCAGAGUUUGAACUGGUGAAGCUGGAUGAUGAUGGAAAGUACAAGGCUGAACUGAUGACGAGCCUGGACAGGGAAACAAAAGAUACCUACAAGAUCACCCUGUCAUGUUCUGACAAUGGCUUCCCUCCCUUGACUGCAACAGCAGACUUCACUGUCAAGGUCAUGGAUGAAAAUGACCAUGCACCAGUUUUCUCAAAGAGAAAUUAUGAAGCAGCCAUUUUUGAGAACAACACUGUGGGUGCUUUCAUUGCACAAGUAACAGCAACCGAUGCAGACAGCGGAGCCAAUGCUGAGAUUUCAUUUGGUAUUGCUGGUGUCAACAAAAACUAUUUUUAUGUCGAUGAUACGGGAAAAGUGGUGGCAAAAGUGUCACUGGACAGAGAACUGUCCGAUCAGAUAGUAAUCACGAUCAUAGCUACUGACAAAGGCACUCCACCCUUGUCUUCCUCUGCCGCGGUUACUGUAAAACUCCUGGAUGUCAAUGAUGUGCGACCAGAGUUUUCUGAUAUGGUUUAUGUGUUUGAAAUCGAGGAGGAGCUGUUUGUAGGAAGCUUUGUGGGUGUUCUGUCAGCCUCGGAUACAGACCUCGGCACCAAUAAAGAGAUCACAUAUCGGUUUCUAGAUUCAAAAACACCUUGGAGUGAGAACUUUGUUAUCAGUGCAGAUGAUGGAGUCAUCAGAACUAAUUCUGUCUUGGACAGGGAGGACAGGGAAAUGUUCCACCUCGUUGCUCUGGCUGUGGAUAAAGGUGUGCCACCACUUACUGGAUCUUCAACCGUCAUAAUUAAACUAAUUGACACCAAUGACAAUGACCCAUUUUUCAUUUUUCCAGUUCUGGAUAAUAACACGAUAUUUAUUCCCUACUCGGUGCAGCCCAGUGAGAAAAUUGUCACAGUCCAGGCUCUGGAUGUUGAUGCAGGCCUCAACUCUAAAAUUAUCUACUCUAUCAGUUCAGUUAACAAUUCAUCUCCUUUUGAGAUUGAUCCAAUGUCUGGAGCUCUUUUUGUGAAAGAACGCUUCACCCGAGGGAAGACAGGAACAUACAUGCUGACAAUCAUGGCAAACGAUCAAGGACCUAAACAACAAAGAGCCACACAGAUUCCUUUCUACAUUGAGGUUUACUUCGAUAACUCCACCCUGGCGUCUGCUCUGGACACGGCAGAGUUGCCAAUAACACUUAUAGCUGUGUUUGCUGGGGCUGGAAUUGUGCUGUUGAUUAUUCUUAUAAUUCUUGUGGUAUUGUUGUGCAUCAAGAGACGCAAAGCCAAGACAAAGUUCAGUGGAAAUGUACCAAAUUCAGCUUCAACAUCAUCAACUGCCAAACUACAGGGAGGCUACUACAUUGCUCCAGGUGUUCAUGGAUCAGGGUUAUCUUUCCCUGGCAAGCAGGCUGCAGCAAGUGGUAGUACUGUUGAACAGGAAGUUGGAGACAGGACUCGAACUAACAAGCCUUACAUUGUUGUGCUACCACACACAGACACUGAAGCAUCAGCAGAGAUUGUGGAGAUAGCUAUAAAUGGAUAUCAGAAUGGCUUCAGUGAAAACUUGGAUCUUAGCCAGAUUGACGAUGAUCGGUUUUCGACAUUUAGAUCACAGGAAAAUAUUCUUGCACCUGGUCUCCGAUAUGGAUCCUUGAGAAGACAGGAACAAAGCGGUUCUCCAGUAGUGAAGAAAGCUGAGGAUAAUUGUGAUGACUUGUCAUGUGACAGUGCCAGUGACAGCGGGAGGGGAGGAAGUGAUGUCGAUAUCAACAACGCUGCAGCAGCUGCCAAACAAGCCCGUGCAAAAGCUACUACCCCUAUUGCUGUUAAAAGUGGGAUCUCCCCAAGACUUUCACCGCUUCCUCCAAAGGAAAACAUGCUGGUUACUUUUCGAGGACAGUCCCCAAACACUUUCAAUUUUGAUUCUGACAGUGGGUCUCUGUCUCGUGGGUCUCAAGCACCCAAAUGGAGUUCAGUGCCAAUUGCAGCAGAUCCCAGGAAGAGUACACCUACAUUUGGGUCAGGAUCUGCCAGUGCUUUCUCCAGCCCAGCAAGUGAGGCUUAUAAAAACAAUACAGAUGCACAACAGGACUCAAGACAUUUUCUUCCUCUUCAGCCGGCAGAAACCUUCCAGCCUUCCAGCCAUGAAGCCCGGUCACUUGACAGCAGAUAUGGUGGUGAAACUUUCACAGAGAGAUUUGCUCCUAGAUCAGCUCCCCCAAAUAUUCUUUCACCUCAUGGUACAUAUCCCAGGCAUGAUGUUGAAACAGCUUUAAGAGGCAGAGGCUUGCAGCUGAGUCAUUCUUUGACUAGAAGGAACCCUGUUCCUCUAUCACAGCCAUCUUCAAGCUCAGAAAUUACCCAUCAACCCCCAUCUGGGCCUACAGACAGAAAUAAUAUGUUAAAAUAUGAAAGACCCUUUCGAAAUGGUAAUCAUUUACAGCAGACGUCAGAGGAGUUGCCUUUAAAUUAUCGUAGAACUCAUGAAGUCGACUUUGAUCGCUCAGAUAGACCACCAGUUAGUCAGACUGGCAGACACUCUAACAGGUUGAACUCUGCACCUCAGAGUAAUGUGAAUGCCACUUUCGGAAGUAGAAAACAUGAAUUACGUGAAUCACAUGCAGAUAGUGUGGAGGAGGACUUUUUGCUUCCACCAUAUCCAGAGGUGGCAGGUGAAGAAGAUGAUGUGUUAACUAUCCGUCCUGGAUAUACAGAUUAUGAUCCACAAAUGGAACCUGAAAGAUCAGCCUUGUUCUCCAAGUCCAGAUUUGAAUCUAGUGCUUAA